CUCCAUGACAACUUCCUUGGUAACAAGAAGUUUCCUCCCCAGUUUGUUUGUGUCUGGCAUAUUCAGCUAAGUACAUCAGUGGAAGCUGUCCACUAUGUUACUCGCUUAACGUUGUUCCAUUUCAUUGUAUACAUUCACGAGUUUAAUGCUCUUGUGAGCAACAAAUUAUUCAACCUAAUUUUUACGUUAACGUUACUUAACAAGCUAAUCAGCUAAGCUAGAGUCCGCUGGUGCGCGCUGUUCACCAUGUCUCUUUGAAGAAAUGAACUCCCGCCGGUGGUGUCGUUCACUUCACUUAUUUAUCAUCUUUUAUGCACGGUUGGCAAACGCAGCCACAGAAUCAGGUUUGUCUUCAACCGUGAGUGUCGGCACAACAAAUGUGGGGUCUUUCAGCUCCGCGACCCCUGCUCCGGGCGGUACAGUGGCCGUGGACUCCACAGGUGUCGGUACCACAGAGGUGUCUGAAGCUCCCACUGGUGACACUGAGGCCCCCACUGUAUUCACCGAAGCUCCCACUGUAUUCACCGAAGCUCCCACUGUAUUCACUGAAGCUCCAACUGAAUCCACUGAAGCUCCCUCUGCAUCCACCGUCCAACCUGUGGUGACUUCAGAGGGUUGUCUCUGUGAUUUAAUCCCUGAUUUCUGUGACAUUGGCUGCUGUUGUGACACACUCGAUUGUGGUGUUGCUAACCUGAGUACGGUUUUCACUGGAUGUCCACAGAAAGCCAUAUCAGGAGUUUGCAUUGAGAAAUGGCUGAUGUUCAGGGCUAACGUGGAUUCAUCUCUUGUCACUGUGACUGACUCCUUGUUUUGUGUCCGAUCUGAAGAUAAGGCACCCCAGUCCCUCCAAGCUCUACCUCAGUAUCCAGCUUUGGGGGAUUCACACCACUUCUCACCACCAGCACCUACAAGCAGCAGCUACAGCAGAGCUUUCUACAGGGCUGAUGAUGUUAUCCAGACAUAUUUCUCCAGCUCGUCUGUGCGGGGUCUCCUUCGUCAGCCGUCUCCAGGGGCUGCUGCUGAGUUCUGCAUCAACCGCAACCCUACAAAGUUCUUGAGGUCUGUGUCUCUGUCUUGUACCAGCAUGUUGACUCCUCAAUCCUGCACCACAGACCCAAAUCUCAACGCCCACUCCUACUUCUCUGACUUAAGUUUGAUCAAGAUUCCAGUAGACGAGACGGUACAAGUGUCAGACUUUCUGAUCCCAGUCACACCACUUUCUGACUGGCCUGCACCAAGCCAACAAAACAGCUCCUGUAUCAAUGUGGUGAAAAAGGUGGAGUUUGUCAUAGGAUACACAGGCAGAGGAGAACUCACGUAUGCAACUGUGAACGUAAUCUUCGCUGAUGUGGAUCCAACUCAGUCACUGUUGCAGACACACUCUGUGCAGUUCCAGCUGGCCACGCCGAGCCCCACUCCAGGCGGACCAAUCCCUGCAGUUGGACUCAGAGCGGGAUCUACUGUCAUUGGUCGCUUUAAUGGAGAAGUGACAGCUGUGACCACACAGAGUGUGUCACCGAGCGGGGAGUGUUCCUCUGACCCCAGCAGACGAGCCCCCAUCCUCUUCACACACAACACCAUCACUGGCUGCACAUUCAGAUCCCCAUCUAAUGACUGUACAGAGCUGCGGUCCCAGAUUUAUGGGAUCCUGCAGGGACUUGCUACUCCCGACGAGCUCGCCAUGAACUCAGGCUCCCAACUGAGCUGGACAAGAGUCAUCACUCAGGAGUGUCCUGUCAACCUGCAGGAAACAUGUGAAUCAGGCUGCCUCCUCCCCAACUCUCUCUCUAUCCGAGUGCUAUGGGCUCGCCAGGGUCUCUUACAUCUUCCCCAGAACUACAUCCUGGGGGCCAAAUACCUUUUCAAGUGUCAAAAUUUCAAGUGUCCUGUGUCGUCCCCUAUCUCUCUUAACACAGAAGUGACGUUUGUUGACACUACUGUUUACCCAGAACGCCCCAGGGGCUUGCCGCAGCCUGACUGGAAGUUUCCAUUCGGUUUCUUCACUAGAGGCGCUGAUGAGCUGGACGGGCACAUUGUUAUUAACAGCAGUGACACUGAGAAGGUCACAUGGAGUUUAAUGCUGUUCACAGUCGUGUUGCUAACAGGAUUAGAAUUCUUCACUAGGUAGCUGAAGGUAACAGCGGAGCAGUUUGAGAAGUCUUGAGGGCUCCUUAAUUUGAGGAUAGGAUUUAUAUGAAUGAACUGAAAUGGAUGUAUUAGGGUUUAUUUUGCUCAGCUUUUUUUUAAACAAUAUUAAGAGAAUGUAGUAUAUACUGUAUCAUCCUAAAAUACCUUAAUUUAUGUGUUUUGUACAUUUUCAGGAAUACACAGUUUUUUACAA